CUACUUAUACCCUUAACAGAUCAAACUGAAACUCAGUAGUAUCCUGCCAUCACAGAAUGCAUCUCCUGACGCUGAUCUUUGGGAUUGUGCUUCUCCCUAAAGUCCACACCUUGAAAUGUUAUGAGUGUAUACCGGGAAUCUCAGGAACCUGCACAGAUACAUCAAAAGAAUGCCCUUUGCAGGGUCAACAGUGUGGGGCAAUUAAAGUCACUUCAUAUGCAGGUGGUUCAAAAAUCCUUGAUGCCAACUCAAAAAGCUGUGCUUUGGCUGAAGAGUGUGUUGAGGCUUCAGUCAACUUUGGAAUCGCCAACACCGUAAUAACUAGCAAGUGUUGCACCUCCGAUCUCUGCAACAACCAACCCGCCCCUGAUCCCAGCAAAUCCAACCCAAAUGGUAAAAUGUGCUUCUCCUGCGAUGGACAACAGUGCACCAACACUCUAAACUGUGAGGGGAAUGAGGACUACUGCAUCUCAACAAAAGUGAAUGCAGGAGGUCAAACAUUGACCAUGAAGGGUUGUGCCUCCAAGACCAUUUGCUCAACGCAAACUACACAGACUGCAGGAGCCCUUGGGACAGAUAUUAACUGCUGUCAGGGGAACUUCUGCAACAGCGCCAGCAGCACAAGUGCUGGCCUUCUGCUCCUGGUGGCCCCGCUGGUCUCUUUGGUCAUGCUCUCCUAACUGGUGGAGACGGCAGCAUCACCACUCAGCUUUUCUCUCAUCUUUGCAUGGCCAUCAUACUGCUGCUCACACCUCGGUCCCCAUCCUUUCAACCAAUGACUGAGAAAGUUUAGCAAGCAAAGUAUACAAAUAUAAUUCAGUAAAAUAGUUUUUUCACUUGUCUCUUGCCUCAUACAGUUUCUUGCAGGGUCAUUUCUUUUUUUUGAAUGUUGCCUAUAGACCAUUUCAUAGCUUUACAGCUCAUCCUGUUUUUCUCAGUAAAACAAGGAGAAUGUAAAAAACAUACUGAUGCAUAGUUUUUGUUCUGAGUGCUAUUAUUAUUCUGAAACCUACUUUUAAUGUUAAUUAUCAAGAAUAUGUUGAUGUUACUGAUAAAAGCUGAAUAAAUAACAAUCCUAAAA